AUGUUAGACCGUGAGGAGUCGGGUAGGCCUGAACGGCUGUCAGCGAUCAUUGACCGGGAAUUGCACCGAUACCACGUGGACGUGGCUGCACUAUCCGAAACAAGACUGAAAGGUCAUGGACAACUUACGGAGCAGCACUACACGUUCUUCUGGUCAGGCGGUGACGUACAUCAAGCCGGGGUGGCGUUUGCUGUACACAAGGACGUGUUGACGAGACUUGCGGCAGUGCCGUCCGCAAUAUCCAACCGUCUCUCCAGCAUCAGGCUGGCUGAUAAACGGUUCCUGACUUUGGUAGCUGUAUACGCCCCGACGAUGACUUAUGAAGAUGCCACGAGGGCGAACUUCUACGCGGAACUCGGGCAUAUACUGAAUGACGUACCAAAAGCAGAUAAGCUUAUUGUCCUCGGUGACUUUAAUGCGCGCGUGGGGAACGACCGUCCUGGCUGGGGACGUGUGCUAGGGACACAAGCAAGAGGUCGGACAAACUCAAACGGCAGUUUGUUGCUGGAGCUUUGCACAGAAUUGGACCAGGCCAUUACUAACACUUUCUUUGCCAUGCCUGACAAGUGGUACUACAGCUGGAUGCACCCACGAUCACGCACCUGGCACCUGCUGGAUUACAUCCUUGUGCGCAGAGACGACCUUAGGGACGUGCAUUCUACAAGGGUGAUGCGAGGUGCGACCUGUGGAACAGACCACUACAUGGCAGAGGAACUAGAAAACAAGGUGUCUGACCGGAUCAACCAGCUACAGGAGCCCACUUCGCCAGACAGGAGUGUCAACGAGCGAUGUAGCAAGUCAGCAGUGUGGUUUACGCUGCAGCAAGAGAGGUCCUUGGGCAUCCAAGGCGGCGGCAUGCCGACUGGUUUGAUCAAAACGACACCGAGAUAG